AUGUUGUUCCCUCUCAUCAGCACCGUCUGGCUACUUCUCUCGACCGGAUUCCCCACGGUCUCUGCCGCGGCCUCCUCGUGCGACCAAAAUGUGCAGAACGAUACCAUUGCCUUUUUCAGUAGCGCUCCCCUGACAUUUGGCUACAACUUCCCGUCGAUAUAUGACUGUGCCACGCGGUGCAGUCAGUGGGAGCGUUGCCAGGCAUGGCUGUUCACUGAGCCCGGCGAAUGCCAGCUGUAUCGCCGGCCCGCACUGGCCACCGCGAGCAACCCGACCUUCUCCUACGGCGUGUGCGGAGAUGCCGAUCCCCUGAACUCCACGAUCAACGCAGCGGCAUCCCGACUGACGUCGGUCUCGAUAAAUCCGUCGUCCAGCUCGCCCAUGGCAAGUCUCUCGGGAUCCCACGCGGCGGUUUCAUCACACGAGGCAUCAGUAAGCAUAAGCGCUCUGCCGGCAAUCACCACCGACAUGGGCAUGCAAGGUAGAUAUUUGGAGGGGGAGGUUACAGGUCCGUCAUGGAGAAUUGACUCGUCCGAAUCACGGGGUCUAGUCACGUUGACCAAGUCAGGAAAGCACAAAAGAUCAGCGACUCUAGUCAGAUGGAGCUGGGAUAUUGGUCUUGACAAUGGCAUGGAAAAUUCUUUCUUUAUUGAAUUAACCCCGUCCCGCUCCAUCCCGAGCGUCUCUAGCACCAAAGGCGUGGCGUGCUCUUCAGCCUCAGUUCCACCGGGCCAUUCGAACCCUUCGAAAUUUGAUUCAACAACAAUUCUGAUGACUCCAAUCUUACCUCUUGAGAUUUUUGAGCACAUUGUGAGCUGGCUUGAAUAUGAGAGUGACAUAAAUGCUCUCGCUCGUACCCAUAGGGCUUUCUACCAUUUUGGGAACCCGAUGCUGUACCGACACAAUGUGCGCCAUGGGAAAGGCUCGGCGUUAGGCUGGGGGGUCCAACAUGGAAUCCUGGCGACCGUGCAACGAGCUUUUGAGGCCGGCGCCUCGGCAGAAAAGUGCGGCGAUGCCGAGAUUGAAUGGCGACCGAUGGCGCUGGCGGUGGUCGAAGGCCACGAGGACAUUGUGUGGUACUUGUAUGAACACUGUGGGGUCAAUAUUCGUCGCACGUGGGGAUGGAUGAAUCCUUGUCAUGAGAGGUAUGGCAAAUAUCCCGGCAGUCUGCUGCUGCUGGCCGCCCAGAAUGGUCAUGAGAGCCUCGUUCGCUUCUUCGUGAAUCACCUCCCGCGGCCGUACCAUGUCGAUCAUCCAGCGGAUCCGGAUGAAGGAACGCCGUUGAUGGCGGCUGCCAAAGGAGGGCAUCUAGCCAUCGUACACCUGCUAUUCGAGGCGGGAGCGAAUCUCGAGGUCCAGGAUCGCAGUCAAAUGACCCCGCUCAUGUUAGCCGCGGCGCACGGUCAUCAGCGGGUUCUACAGUUCUUGAUGCAACGGGGCGCUGACCCCACCGUGACCCAACCGAACGGCUGCUCUGCCCUGUGCUGGGCAGCGGGGAGGGGGCACGUCGAGAGCGUUCGCUGCCUGCUCGAGGAGGAUGUGAUUACACGGUUGACUUGCCACGCUUUGGGGCCGUCGGCGCGGCAUCACGCGGCCAUCUGUCCCCUCGGGUGGAGCGGAUGGUUAAGGCACGACGAGGUAGUCGCCCUGCUUCUAAAGAAAUGGGACUAUGCAGCGAGGACGAGUCACCCAUCCGAUAAGGGUGUACUCCUGUGCGUGGCUGCGGGCCUUGGAUAUACGGCCCUGAUUCGGGACCUGCUUGAGAACCAUGAGUACGAUCCCAAUACUCGAUUGAGUCUGAUUCGAACGCGGUGGGAUGAACAACCGACGGCUCUGUGCUGGGCUGCCGCCCGAGCUCGCGUCGAGGUGGUCGAGGUACUCCUCGCGCAUGAUGCUGAGGUUUUGCCGGCCCAGACACGGGGGUACCGGAAUCCUUUCAUCCAGGCCAUUGUCCACGGUUCAGAUACCAUGGUCUCUCUCUUUCUGCGCGCCGGGGCAAAUCCCAACGACCAGGAUCGAAGUCACAACUUGGAUCACCUUGUAGCUCCGGCGCUGAAGCAUGCCAUCCCAUUCGAGAGCAUCUUCCGCCGCCUGCUUGUCGCCGGGGCUGACCCUACCGCCGUCGACAGCAUGAAGUACUCAGUCAUUGCCCAUGUCCUAAGAUCCGGCCGGACGGUCGUCGUCCAGAUGCUUAUCGAUGAGGAUCUGGAUCUCUCGCUCCACUUGACUCGCUCCAACCUGUUGCACGAAGCCGUCCGCGGCGGCCGCGCGGUCCUCGAGCUUCUCCUCAACACCGGCAAAUGGGAUUCCUUGCUCUCGCCCGUCCAUCUGGACCCUUCCAUCUGCGAGAAAGCUCUCGGGAUUGCCGCGGAGACCGCGCAGGUUGAGGCUCUGCAGUGGCUGCUGGAUCGAGGGUUUUUGCCAGUCCGAGGUGCCCAGUCGCCGCCGCCCAAGGUCCAUCUCCUGAGCCUUGCGGCACUCACAAAGGCGGCCGACGAGGACGCCGCGGCCACUCUGGAUCUCCUUCUGCAGGCCGGUCUAGACAUCGAUGAGACGAUCGCCUACACAACCGCGCUGCAGAGUGUGGCCCGGCAUUAUGACCUGUAUGGAGAGUCGGAACGCUUUCGCGUGCGCUCGCGCAUGCUGCUCGAGCGCGGUGCCACUCUGUUGCCGCCCCAAAGCCUCCCGCAGGCCACGCGCUACAACACCCUCUCGGGAUUUAACAUCCGCCUCAUUGGUCAGCACCCUGAGCUUGACGUCAUGAUCUUUCAGGAGUUGGAAGCACGCCGUGAGCCGUGGUCGGUGGUAAAACAUCUAUUUAGGUGGGCGGACCAUCGUGCGUGCGAGCGUCAGAAUUGGAAGCAUGUCCGGGUCAUCACGCAGCACUCGUGGCGAGUGCGGUACCCUGUUUGA